AGGUUAUGACGUAGUUACGAUCGACCUUACACUUCUACACUCAUAAUUAGAUCAGACUUCUUCUCAAAACCUUCCAACAAACCGACAUAUUCUGCCGCUGUAACAAGAGGGAGCUGUCAUCAUGGGACAACUAUUCGCAAAAAAGAAACCAGUCUCGCGGAUAACAGAACAAGACAAAGCUGUUCUAAAGUUGAAACAGACGAGAGAUAAACUGAAGCAGUAUCAGAAGAAGAUUGUGGUGAAUCAGGCUAAGGAGAGGAUCCUGGCUAAACAAUUACUCGAUCAGGGGAGAAAAGACAAGGCGCUGAGGUUACUAAAGAAAAAGAAGUUCCAAGAUUCACUCCUUGAUAAAACUGACGUUCAGCUCGAUAACCUCGAUAAGUUGGUACAAGACAUAGAGUUUGCCCAAGUAGAGAUUCAAGUGGUAGAGGGACUGAAGGGAGGUAACGAGGCUUUGGAUGCCCUUCACCAGAUCAUGUCACUUGAUGACGUUGAGAAGAUUAUGGGAGAUACUGAGGAUGCUAUCGCUUACCAAAAUGAAAUAGAUGAUUUGAUGGCUGGUGGAGCCGGUGUUGAGCAACCUGAUGAGGACGAGCUUCUAGCUGAACUCGGGGAACUCCUUGGAGAUGAGGCUGAACAGGAGUUGCCUGAUGUACCAGUGUCGGACAUGGACCUUCCUGUGGCUCCAACACAUGAACUUGAGAAAACUAAAUCACGAGAUGAUCCAAGAACGCUAGUGGCGUCAUAAAUUCAUAAUCUGUUAUUUUUUAUUUCUUCCUUAGCUUCUUUCGAGUAUUAAAGAGUUAAAGAAUAUAGAUACAUCGACUAAAUCUUAUCGAUGUUUUAAAUCUAAUGAAUGAAAUAAUAAUAUAAUAAUAUGAACGAACACUGUUAAAUAAUUUUUCCUAUCAUCAUGAUGAAAGUUAGUUGUUUUGCUUUUGUGUGAAUGGGUUUGAUCUGAUACUGUAACUGCAAUUUAAAGCACAUAAUGUAAAUCAUUUUUCUUAAUUAUUUAAAUUACUUUUAGAUUACUUACAACUGGAUUGUGAUGAUUCUCGGACGUUCAAAUUUCGAAAAAAUAUUGUGUCACUGAAAUUUUCCAGUGGAGAAAUUACUGAGGUCAAGAAUUUUAUAAGUUCAUACAAAUUGAAGAUGUUUUUAAACUGCCCGAAGUGUGAUAAGAGAUUUUAUCCUAUGCUCAAUGCUCAUGUAGAAUUAAUCAUAAGUGUAGAAUUAAUCAUAAGUUUGUACAUAAUUUGAAGCAAUAGAUUUGCAUGGGUCCAAGUACGUGAAUUUUGAAGUAUAUUAUAUAAUGUAACGUAGCUUUGUGAAGUUGUAAUAAUCUGAUAGAAUUAAUUAGAAUGAAAAUGUAUGAAAUUUGAAUUAUUAUAUUAAGUCCUAAUUAAAACUUUAUUCGAAAAAUGUA